AGGAGAUGGCACGGUAUCGCGAGAGCGGUGUGCCGCGACCGCAGCGCUGGAUGGCGCUGAUGGGGGCUGGAUUCGCCCACGGCUCGCCCUCUCUCCCGUUAAAUCACACGGUAGGACACGCGAUCGGACGGAGACUGGCGGCGACAGCAGCCGGGGCAAAGUAAGAAAGGAGAAGAAGCAUCGAAGGAGUCCCCACAUGGAAGCGGCAGCGCUGUCUAAUCCAUCUGACAGAUUCUGCCAAAGGACGCUUUGGAAACGUUCUCAUGUCUUUAAACACAAACUGCUAAAUCCAAGGAGCUAAAAACAGAAAAACAAAAAGCCAACCGCUGGCUCUUGCAAGUGGACAGAUUUUAAAGUAAAAACACGGCUGGAGAGGGGCAGGGUUGUAUGGGUGCCAAAUCCCCAUCCAAGACACACCACGUCUCCUCAGUCUACGCCCGCCGCCUCCCUCCUCUUCCUCCAUCCAUUUCCUCCUCCUCCUCCGCCUUUCUCUCAUUCUCCCUCUUUCUUGCUCAUGGGAGUGACAUAGAGGCCGUUGUUUGGUCUGCUGCCCCGCCCCUUCUCCGCCUUGUUGUGGAAACGGGGGCGUCCAGGUAGUGAUGUCGUGGAAGAGGAACUACUUUGCGUCGGGUGGUGGAGCAGUAGGUGAGGUGCAGGGGCUGGUGACCCCGAGAACCAUGACCUCUAUCGCACCCAGCAAAGGCUUGAGCAACGAGCCGGGACAGAACAGCUGCUUCCUCAAUAGUGCCCUGCAGGUUUUGUGGCAUCUUGACAUCUUCCGCAGAAGUUUUCGACAGCUGACCACUCAUAAGUGCAUGGAGGACUCGUGCAUCUUCUGUGCUUUGAAGAGCAUCUUUGCUCAGUUCCAGUUUAGCAGUGAGCGGGUCCUGCCUUCAGAUGCACUGCGGAGCGCUCUGGCCAAGACGUUCCAAGACGAACAGCGCUUUCAGCUGGGCAUCAUGGACGACGCUGCUGAGUGCUUUGAGAACCUCCUGAUGCGAAUCCACUUCCACAUCAGCGCGGAGAGUAGAGAGGACAUCUGCACAGCCAAACACUGUAUUCCACACCAGAAGUUUGCCAUGACUCUGUUUGAACAGUGUGUGUGUAACAGCUGUGGAGCCACAUCAGACCCCCUGCCCUUCAUUCAGAUGGUUCAUUAUAUCUCCACUACAUCCCUGUGUAACCAGGCAGUGAGGAUGCUGGAGUGCAGAGAGAAGCCCACGCCGGACAUGUUUGGAGAACUGCUCCGCAACGCCAGCAACAUGGGAGACCUGCGCAACUGCCCUAGUAACUGUGGGGAGGUACUGCGUAUCCGCCGGGUGCUGAUGAACUCACCGGAGAUUGUGUCCAUCGGGCUGGUGUGGGACUCAGACCACUCUGACCUCGCAGAGGAUGUCAUACACAGCCUGGGAACCUGCCUGCGUCUGGGAGAUUUGUUCUACCGUGUGACAGAGGAGAGGGCUCGCCAGGCGGAGCUGUACUUGGUGGGCAUGGUGUGCUACUAUGGCAAGCACUACUCCACCUUCUUCUUCCAGACCAAGAUACGCAAGUGGAUGUACUUCGACGACGCCCACGUCAAAGAGAUCGGCCCUAAGUGGAAGGACGUAGUGUCUCGCUGUAUCAAAGGCCACUAUCAGCCGCUGCUGCUGCUCUACGCUGACCCCCGUGGGACGCCGGUGAUACUGCAGGAGAGCCCAAACCCCUGUACCAGCUCCAACCCGCAGCUGGAACUCCAGCACUGCAGCAGCAAGGCUGGUUACGACAGUGAAGACUCUGGCCGGGAGCCAUCCAUAUCCAGCGACACUCGCACCGACUCUUCAACAGACAGCUCAAGUCACCGAGGUUCUCGCAGCCGAUCCCUCCACCAGUCCACGGGCAGCCACCUCUCCAGUGAAUCCCAGACCACAGUGGUCUGUAAUUACGACACUGGCACACUGCCGCUUGGUGCUGACACUGGAGAGUCAGCAGUGGAGGGUCCUCCCCGCCCUCCCUCUCCUCCUCUGCAGGAGUACAAGGAGACGGCUGUCUUCCUCCUCUCCUCCCGCAGGCCUCUGACCUCCUCUUCCUCUUCCUCUCGUCCGCUGUCCUCCUCCUCUUCUUCUGUAGGGGGUUGUGAGGGCGGGGUUGGGGGUCCCCACUGGGAGGAUGAAAGCACUAGCAGUGAGAGCAAGUCCAGUUCUUCUGGAGGCCGCUACAGGCCAACCUGGAGGCCCAGGAGAGAAGCGCUGAACAUCGACAGCAUCUUCACCCGACAGAGAGGCCCCUCUGUGGGCCACAAUACUGUGCCCGUCCCACCUCUUACUCCAGGGUCCCAGGACUCUCUCCCUUUAGCGGGUCCUUUUCCACAGCCAGGACUGCAAGAAGUAGAAGCGAGGGAGGUCAGGGAGUUGGAGGCGGGGUUUGGGCUGGUCGGGCAGCCCAGGUCUCUGGGCAGCGGGCGGACAAUGGGUCCCCCUGCCCCUCCACCUCUGAGAGGGGUGGAGCACCAGCCACGUCUGAUUCAGAGGAUGGAGAGUGGCUACGAGAGCAGUGAGAGGAACAGCAACAGCCCCGACAGGGAGGUGGGGCAACAGAAACGGGUGCUGAUGUCAGGUCCUUCAUGGCGUUCAGUGCCUAAGUCCAAGAGCAGCGGUGCCAUCCUGCAGGAGCUGCCCUCUCCUAGCUGGGUUGGUGGCGCUAAUACAGGCUCAGGGCGCAGCGAGCUGGACGAGCUGCAGGAGGAGGUAGCGAGGAGAGCCCGCCUGCAGGAGCAGCAGAAGCGGAGGGAGGCGGAGCGGGAGGCAGCCAUGGGAUUUAAUCCUAAACCCAGCAAAUUCAUGGACCUGGACCAGCUCCAACACCAGGUGAACAGCCUGGCCCGGUCCAAGUACUGCUGACACCCAAUCAGGAGGAGGAAGAGGACCAGGCAACGCCCACCAGGGAUGGUGCUCUGGGCCAGGACCUGCCCCCUCCCCCCUAUCGG